AUGGCUUCGGAGCGUGGAGAAUCCAGACGACCGCACGCCCGCCGACGCAUCAUUCAGACCUGUCUUCCUUGUCAUCGAGCGAAACGAAAGUGCAAUCGCAAGAAGCCGUGCUCGCAAUGUCUUCGACGACAUACAACCGGUAGCUGCGUCUAUGAAGCCAUCGCCGCCAGCGACUUGGAGCUGCUGGAAUCGAGUGAUAUCGACCUCGCUGCCGAAAAUGCCACUCUGCGUUCUCGCCUCCACGAUCUCGAGGCUGCUGCCAAUGUUUUUCGCGAGCAAUUGCGGCAGACGAAGAACCUGCUGGCUCAAGAACAGAGAAAGGCCGCCUCGUCUCCGGCACAAUCGUCGUCGACGGGACACAAAGACGAACAAGGAGUUUACUACGGUCGCUCGUAUUAUCUCGGCGGCCCAGCUGCACCGGAUCUGCUGCAGCAAAUGAUGUUGCUGUUGCCAGAUAACCAGACGGACAUGCUCUUCGCCUUCUCGGGGUCGUCGAACAAUCUCCAGCCGAUGCUGAACGACGCACCAUAUCUUUUCCCGACCUUUCCGGCCGCCUGCGGUGUCGAACACAUGCUUGCAAUCCUGGACGAUAUCGGCCGAGUUCGGGCGGAUUCUCUGCUCGACAGUUACUACGAACUGGUCGAUCCGCUCCACCACUACGUGCCUACGCCCUGGUUGAUGCAGCGUUAUGAGCGCUGUUGGGAUCGGGAAACCCUGCCACAAGCCCAGGAGGCUGCCCUCGUCUUUGCGGUGCUCGCCUUGGGUAAUUUGGUCUCGGAUAACGAACGGUCCAGCUUCCUGUUAUCCGCUUCGAUGCAACUGCUUCGCAUCUCCAACAUGCUCGCCGUGCCAACCCUCGAUACGUUGCACAGCUUCUGUUACAUCGCGGUAUACAUGCAACAUCAAGGCAAGCUGAGUGAAUACUGGCCACUGCUCGGGCUGGUCAUUCGGCUGGCGCAAUCCCUCGCUCUCCACCGCGAUCCCAGCACGAUCCCUUUGCUACCGCCCGAGGAAUGGGAAAUCCGCCGACGUCUCUUCUGGGUCAUCGCGGCGCAGGAGACGGCGCUGAGCUUGAUGUUUGGUCGUCCAUACGGGAUCGGGUUCGCCGACUGUCAGAUGCCACAGAAUGUCCGCGAUGACGAACUCUUCAACCCUUCCAGCACAGUUCCUCGGGAGCCCACCUACACCGAAAUUUCAUAUAACCGACUGACAUGGGAACUGGGGGAGAUGACGCGGGAGAUCAUGGACGAUGCGUUUCGGCAGCGUGGACCGGCCGACGUCAAUCGUUUGAAGCUCACCGAAUCGCGCAUCCGACAUUGGCAUGAGACGGUGCCGGUCGAGUUCAAGUUCACCCCGUCGACGAGUCGUGAUCUGCAAGAGUGUUCUAAUCUGGAGAACCGCAAGCGAUCCGUGCAAGCGGUCCUUUUACACAUCAUUGUCAACCACAACAUUUUGGUCUUGUUUCGCAAAUCUCUCCUCGCUAAAGGGGACUGGGAGGUUCGUCGGCCCUGUUACGAGGCUGCGUUCAGCAUCGCCGACGGUUGGAAGGCCUUGCAGGAUAACUUCCCCAAGAUGGCGCGCGUGGCAUUCUUACACUGGUUCCGGGCCUUCCAUGGCGCUCUCAUCUGUUUUAUCGCCAUUCGCAUGGAGGGUCGCGAUUCGGGCUACCGCGACAAGGCACUGGCGUCAUGGAUCUCGUGCUUGAGAAUCUUUCGUCGUGUGCAAGACCAGAACCCGAGUAUCUCAGCCUGUUGGCGAGCGCUCGGCCGACUGGACGUCGUCAUGAAAAAGGAAAUGGCAGGGGAGCAACGGAGCUGGCGCCGUACUAUUCCCAAGGACGUCAAGGAUUCGUCGUAUAAUCUCCUCCUCGGACCAUCCUCAUCGCAACCGGAUGACCAUUCUCACAGCAUGACGCCUCCCCAUCAAUUAGCCCCCCUUGCCCGAGAACCCUCUGCUAGGCGAUUUCAACGUGCCGCCGGCUCCCAAUGA